GGUGACCGAUAUUGCGAACAGCGGUAGAUCAGUCAGGGCUGACAGGGUCUGUUGUGCGCACUGGUCUUGCCUUUCCUAAUCUAAAGUAGAUAAUUCAAAAUGAGCGUACAAUCAGACGCCGAUAAAAGAAAGCAGAUUUCUGUCAGAGGAAUAGUUGCAGUGGAAAAUGUAGCUGAAGUGAAAAAAGCCUUUAAUCGUCAUGUCCACUAUACCCUGGUGAAGGACAGGAAUGUUGCGACACCCAGGGACUAUUACUUUGCUCUGGCGCAUACCGUCAGGGAUCAUCUCGUGUCAAGGUGGAUUCGUACCCAACAGUAUUAUUAUGAAAAGGAUCCGAAGCGUGUUUACUAUCUCUCUCUGGAGUACUACAUGGGCCGCUCCCUUCAGAAUACCAUGAUUAACCUGGGUAUUCAAGGUACUGUUGAUGAGGCUUUAUACCAGCUUGGCUUGGACAUUGAAGAACUAGAAGAAUUGGAAGAAGAUGCUGGUCUUGGUAAUGGCGGUCUUGGACGUCUGGCUGCCUGCUUCCUUGAUUCCAUGGCUACUCUUGGGUUAGCUGCAUAUGGCUAUGGUAUAAGGUAUGAGUACGGUAUAUUCGCGCAAAAAAUUGAAAAUGGCGAGCAACAGGAGGAACCUGACGAUUGGCUUCGUUUCGGCAACCCGUGGGAGAAGGCACGGCCUGAGUUUAUGCUGCCCGUUAACUUCUACGGACGCGUCGUCGACACACCGCAAGGGAAAAAAUGGAUUGACACACAGGUGGUGUUUGCCAUGCCCUACGAUAACCCGAUUCCUGGCUACAACAACAAUGUGGUCAAUACACUGAGGCUCUGGUCUGCUAAGAGUCCCAUUGACUUUAACCUUCGAUUCUUCAAUUCCGGUGACUAUAUCCAGGCUGUGCUAGACCGUAACGUGGCCGAGAAUAUUUCUCGAGUUCUCUACCCGAAUGACAACUUCUUCGAGGGUAAGGAACUUCGUCUGCGUCAAGAAUACUUCAUGUGUGCCGCCACCCUCCAAGAUAUCAUAAGGCGGUACAAAGCUUCCAAGUUCGGCAGCCGCGAGGCCGUUAGAACUACAUUUGAGAGUCUUCCAGAGAAAGUGGCCAUACAGUUGAACGAUACCCACCCGGCUCUGGCUAUUCCGGAAUUGCUGAGGAUUUUGCUCGACAUCGAGAAGGUGCCAUACGAGGAGGCUUGGAAUCUCGUGGUGAAAUGCUGCGCGUACACCAACCACACGGUGCUGCCCGAGGCUCUUGAACGCUGGCCGUGUACGAUGCUCGAGAACGUGUUGCCGAGGCACAUGCAGCUCAUCUACCACAUCAACUUCUUGCACCUGCAGGAGGUUGAGAAGCGCUGGCCAGGCGACAUGGACCGCAUGCGACGCAUGUCACUCAUCGAGGAAGAAGGAGAGAAACGCGUGAACAUGGCUAACUUGUGCGUCGUGGGCUCGCACGCCGUAAAUGGUGUCGCGGCGAUCCACUCCGAGAUCCUCAAAGCCACAGUAUUCCGUGACUUCUACGAAAUGUGGCCAGAGAAGUUCCAGAACAAGACCAACGGCAUUACCCCACGCCGUUGGUUGCUGCUCUGCAACCCUGGUCUAUCGGACCUCAUCUGCGAUAAAAUCGGUGAAGACUGGAUCGUGCACUUGGAGAAGUUGAAAGAUCUGAAGCGAUGGGCGAAGGACCCUGCGUUCCAGCGCGCCGUGAUGAAGGUGAAGCAGGAGAACAAGCUAAGGCUCGCGGCGCUGAUCGAGCGCGACACCGGCGUGAAGAUCAACCCGGCGUCCAUGUUCGACGUGCAGGUCAAGCGCAUCCACGAGUACAAGCGGCAGCUGCUGAACAUCCUGCACGUCAUCACGCUGUACAAUCGCAUCAAGCGCGACCCCUCCGCGCAGAUCACUCCGCGCACCGUCAUGAUCGGUGGCAAGGCGGCUCCCGGAUAUUACAUCGCUAAGCAGAUUAUUGCGCUGGCUUGUGCUGUAGGCAAUACUGUAAACAAUGACCCAGACGUCGGUGAUAAAUUGAAAUUGAUCUUCCUUGAGAAUUACCGCGUGACCCUCGCCGAGCGCAUUAUGCCGGCCGCUGACCUUAGCGAACAGAUCUCAACAGCGGGUACAGAGGCUUCCGGUACCGGCAACAUGAAGUUCAUGCUGAACGGUGCCCUGACCAUCGGCACCAUGGAUGGCGCCAACGUGGAGAUGGCGGAGGAGGCAGGCGAGAACAACAUGUUCAUAUUCGGCAUGAGGGUCGACGAUGUGGAGGCGUUACAGAAGCGCGGGUACAACGCGUACUCGUACUACGAGCGCAGCCCGGAGCUGCGGCAGUGCGUGGAGCAGAUCCGCAGCGGGUUCUUCUCGCCGGGCGAGCCGGGCCGCUUCGCGCACGUGGCCGACGUGCUGCUCAACCACGACCGCUUCCUGCACCUCGCCGACUACGACGCGUACAUACAGGCGCAGCAGAAGGUCUCCGACGUCUACCACGACCAAGCGAAGUGGGCUGAAAUGGUGAUAGAGAAUAUCGCAUCGUCGGGCAAAUUCUCAUCCGACCGCACCAUCGCGGAGUACGCGCGCGAGAUCUGGGGCGUCGAGCCCUCCUGGGAGAAGCUGCCCGCCCCCCACGAGACCUAAACUACGUCUCAAAAUGUUAUAUGUACUCGUCUCGCGUUGCAUACAACCAAUAUUCAUAUGUAUACACCUUAACAAACAUUUGUCAGAAUGUACAAUAAACUCUGGUAAUACUGCGGAAAAUAGGGUAGUUUCUUAUGUUUGAUUUUGCAUAUAUUCACAAUAACAAAAAAUAUACGUGAGUGCAAAUUGCCCCAAAAAAAUAGACAGCAAUUAUAAUUAAUGUUAUAAAUAUAGUGGUAAGUGGGCGCGGAUAAAAAAUAAAUAUUCAUUUUCUGAAAAUUUUCGCGUCGCAUUGCACUGGAUAUGACAAACUCACCACUAGUCUGACUCAUAUUAUUUUUAUGUGCUACACUUUAUUCUUAUAUUUGGAAUGUAUUUCUUAUAAUAAUAUAUCCUUUGAUAUACUAAUGUUGCCAAAAUUCAUCCUUUCGCUUAUCUGUAAUGUAUCUCUAUUUAGAGCGUUGCCGGCCAAACUUUAUUUAUGACAACAAAAUUGUCACAUGAUCUUAAGAAAAUUCUUUGUUAAUUUUUGGCAUCACGGCUGCUUACUGAGUGACCAUUUUGGGCCCUAAUUUCUGAUAUAUGCAGCCCGUCAAAUCCCCUUGUAUUUUGUCUCCAAGAUUCAUAAGCCAGAUAUGAAGAGAAAAGUGUGUCCAUAUCUGGCUACGUUAUAAUGGUGACACACGCAUAUUAGUCUUUGCCCAGUUUUUCUCGAGCUCUAUUUAUCUUCGUUCAAUUUUAGUAAUAUACCUUUUCCAGAUGAUAAAACUAAGUUAACUACCCUAAUUUUAACACUUUUCCGACUAUAGACCAUAUUUGAAAUCGAACUUUGAAAAUGUCCUCCUAUACCUAAUAAUAUAAAUAAUGCAAACCUCAUAAAAACAUAAUAAUAUAUUUAUUGUUAUAUUAACGAGCUAAUAAUUAACAUUUUGAAUGGUAGCUUGAUUGUCUAUAUUAAUUGAUCAGUGUUUAAAUAAUUCAAUGCAAAUGUUAACAUAGUAUAGAUAUAGUUUAUUGAAAUAUUUAAAUGUCCAUGGAACAUGUAGCCGUGUUGAAUGUUAGAGAUUAUUUUAGAGCCAAACAAGGCAAUUUAACGGAUUUGAUAUUUAUUAUGAAGUGUAUGUAGUGGAUUAUUAUUACUGUAGUAAGAACAGGAAGAUAUUUUUCGAAUUUAUUUUCAUGUGCCAUAAAUUAUUUUUGUACUAUUUUUCGUGUUGAGAUGUAUUACUGUCUAAAUUCUAUAUAGAAAAUUAAAAGCCAAAGAUCGAUGUGUUGCCAUCACUGAUUAUUUUAAAGGAAUACAGAUAUAAAAUUUAUAUGUUCCUAUUACUAUAAUACUGCUAAGUACUGCCACUCGUUUGUUAUAUAUUUUAUUAUUUUAUAAUACAGAUAUUAAAUAAACUAUGUAAUCAGUUUA